GAUUACACGGGAACCUCGCCCUAAGAUCUCUGUAUGCUACACAAAGGAUCAUAAAAUAAAUUUAAUGGAGCCUGCCUCUUUUUGCAAUUACCUCGUGUAGGAACUGCAAAUUUGUCCUUAAAUUUCGGGUGUUGUCCUUCUGGGAUCGGUGACUGUGAGUCGGCUCGAGUGCUUUCCGCUGGGCACGGACACAUUUUGGGUGCAGUGAAGUGAACGUGAAAAGUGGUGUUUUUACUUUUUGAGUUCUAUUCAGUUGUCCGGCAUUCUGCAGUCGCACGUUAGUGAAAAAACACCAGAAGAUUAGCACGAUGCUCGAAAGAAAUUGGGCAUGAGAUAUUCAACUGAACAUUUGGAAUUAUUCGACAGUGGUGUUCUAGAAAAAAGCUUUCCGCGAGUGUCAGUGUGUUUAUUUCCUUUCAGGUAAACAGAGUCUUGAGACGUAGAAAAAGAGGAUUUUACCAUACAGUACAUUUGUCAUAAUGAUCAGCAUUUGGUAUAACAACAAUGAUCUAAGCAGAGAUUGGAUCCGCAUUGCUGGACGAUAGUACCCGUUAUACCCUAGUAAAGGGUUUCGUCCAAAGAAAAGACAUCCAGCUGAACCAAGCAGUGCUCAAUUGAAUUCAUCACAACAGCAGCGUCGCCUCAGUCAACAGCUACAGCAGCAGCAGCAACCAUCGCAUUCGCUGCCACAACCCGUGCAGUCCACUUCCGCUCCAUCCUCAUCAUCGCAUUCCAACAACAGCAACAGCAACCCAUCGGCAGCAGCUCGCUUUUCCUCUGACGGCAGUACGAAGGUUAUGGGCAAAAACGAAAUGAAGCGCGGAAUAUCUCAGAGAUCGUCGGAUGCCGGAGAUUCCCCCAAGCAUUACGGUUCUGCCUCCUCCAACUUGGUUGGCAAAUUCACCCAGAGCGUUCGGCGGAUCGUGCAAGAUGUCAAGGAUGAAGGAUCGCCAAGUGGCAUGAGCCGCGAGGAGCUACUGGAGACCAACGAGCGAUUGCGGGCGGUGCGCUUACGUCUGGAAGAGUCAUACGAUACGGCGAAAAAGGCAUUAGUUACUCUAAUGAACAAGUAUGGUGAUUCUAAAAGCCAGCGGAACGUUUUUAAUCGGUACCCGAUGCUGAAGCUGAUGAUUAAGGACGUCAUUCGUUUAGAAACCCAGUACUGGACGCUAGUGGAAAUACCCAAACAGGAAAAGCUCGAAACAGUCCCUGCCUUUGUGCUGCGGGCGUGCAGUAUUAUGGAAAAGUCGCAAAAGUCAGGCGAAGGUGUCAAAACGUCCGCCAAGCUGGCUGAAGAAGCCGCGGAAAAACGGGAGCGGAUGGAGCGUCUGGAAAUGAUGACGACCGCACAGAUAGAGCAGGAGAACACCCAAAUGAUUAAUGACUUAUACCGCUUACUUAAAAAGUAUACCGGUCUGAGAAACCUCAUUCGGGAAUUAAAGGCUGAGUAUGGCAAUUCCAAAAUUUACCCAAUUUUCCCACGGUACACAAUGCUGAAGGACAUGAUCAAGGAUAUUAUGCAUGACCCAGACUAUAUGGAAGUUUGUCACGAGCGCACAUGAAGUCGAGAAAGUCAAAAAUGUCCAAACCGCACGCGAUGUUUGAUGAAGCGAUGGUACGCAGUAGGCUGUGAAAUACUACUACUACUUCAUUUAUCCCCAUUGCAAAACCAAAACAUUUUGUCUGCCGUAUUUCGUAUGGAACCCGUACAAGUUUAGAUCGAAGUAUAAUUAAGUUUACAAUAACUCAACAGAUCGAACUAAAGCACUACAAGCGAUCGGAAAAUCAAAGCUAUGCUCAUUUUAUGCAACAAUGCGAUGACUAAUCACAUUAUAUCCCACCCCAUUAAAUACUGUCUUUAUCUAUACACUGUAAAAUUAAACUAUGUAAUUAAACAGGAACGAUACAAAACUAAAUCAUCGCGAAGACAAAAUUCUGAAACAUCCCACCUUUCGAUGUGACGCAUAUAACAUAUAGUAAGGUAAUAUUUACACAUCAAACCGAAUCAAGAAAACACGCGUAUUACGUUCAUUCUAAAUCUAUCUAUUUUGUAUAUUUCAAACAAAAGGCGAAACAACACAAAUCAAGGAACGUUACCGACAAACACACAUAUUUCUGAAAAGACAAACUGUCAUUAUUUAUCUGCAUAGCACGGAAAAUGACCAAUAUUAGCUACGACUAGACAAGAAACCCAAAAAAAUGGAACAAACAAAUUCAAACCGUAUAAAUGUAGAUGAGUCGGAUGCAUAUAUUUGAAGAACGCUUUUCAUGUGACAGCAUAGGAAAUCGACUAGUGCGAGGAUCACGCCAUAAGGCCACUAUUGUAGAACUGCUGUUGUGGCGUUUUGCCAUCUCACCGGUUUUCAUCCAAAAGCGGAUAUACCAGAUCUGCAAACAGUUCAUCACAUAGAAUAUGUUUCAAUGCAAACACAGUAACAAUAUUCGAUUAUGUCCAACUACUUGAGACCUACAACAUUAGCAAUGCGGCUUUUUACUCAGUUAGAAUUCGCAUUAUCAAAAUUGUGUUCGCUGUAGCAACAACAUUAUGCUAUAUGCCUUUUUUAAAGCGUAAUGACGAUUAACCUGGAUUUCUUUUCCUUUGAAUAGCAAAUAUAUGUAAGAUGGAAAAUGAAACAACAAAGUAGUUAGUGAUACAUAAUCUAAUUAACAUUAGAUGCGACAAAUUUACACGAACAGUAAACGUAAGGAUCGAUUGUUCACUCAGUUAUCGUUCUGGUCCAAACACCCUAUUCAAACAGUUCAGAAGAGCAACGGGUUCCAGCCCUGAUAGCAAUUGCAAAUUCUAUCAUGAACAUUUUUAGUAGUACUGUUGCAAAGGUCCUUAGUCGUUCCACUGGGAUGUUUAUUUACGAAGCUUAGUAUACAGUCGAACCCGCUGUGGAAUUACGACAGAAAGUAGCAAUUAGGAAGUCACUUUUCAUCAAGAAAAAAAUUGAUGCGUGACUCAUAUCCAACGGAUUCACAGAAGUAUACAGUUGUCAUUAAGAGGGCUUCGACUGUAUUUGUUUAUUUGCAAGUUAGUUGCUGACGUAAAAGUUGGCAAUAUAUUGGUUAGAUUCUAAGAGAAAAGAAUAUUGCAACGGUAAUAAAUAGUAGCUAUUAGAAAAGGAGAAGAAUAAAUUGGAACAUAGAAUAGAGCUGAACUUAUUAAUUGAAGGUACACGCAUUCAGAAUGGUGUUUAAUUGGUACGAGAAAACCAAUCAAAAGCGUUAAAUCAGUUACUGUUACAAGUUGAUUCAAUCAUUAAAUCAAUUUAAUAUUAGGUUCUUGAAGAAAUAAAAAAAAAACAAUAUUUACGUACAGAAACUAUAAAUCAGACUACUCGAACAAAUAGUCUAUAGUAGCUUUUGCCAAAAGGAUCUAAUUUACACACCGAAACGCAACUGACAAAAGCAAAUAGGAUACUGAAUGGAAUGGGGAAUAGUGCGUGUUUGAAUUUUGUGCUAACUAACUGGUACUAGCUUGUUUAUAUUUAAGAGAAAGUAUUUUAGUGUCUUCGAAAGCCAACAUAACAUCAUUGCCCAUGUAUAUCAAAUUGUCAUAGCCCGGCAACCUUCAUAUUGUCGCUUUAUGUAUGUAGUUAAAGUCCAAUGUUUCAAAACCUUAUUAUUAAAAUCAUAUAAAUUAUAAGCGGUUGUGCAACGUAGAUUGCAUCAUAUUCCUAAUUUAAUCCAAUAUCCUACCAAGAAACUUUAAAGUUGAAGAUGCACCGACAAGACAUCUGCGUUAUUAAUGUAGUCGCUAUCGCAAAUGGUAACUGCGAACUAAAAAACAUACUGUAAACAAAGCUGAAAAUUAAAAAGAUACUUUUUUCAUCCAAUUUUUUAUUUUAAAAAAAUCCAAAGUCAGUUUUUGGUGUGAUCUUAUUGGCUCCACGGACACUUAGUGUUCGGGGAAAGUUAAAACAUAUCUUUGCGAACAGUUUUGCCAAAAUUUGAAAUACGCACUAGUCCUCCAGAUUCUUUCAAAUUGAUUCUCAAAUCUAGAUGUGAAACUGUUGAAAUUAAUGUUAACAAAUUAUUUUGCGAUUACCACAGAGUAAUGUUGCAGAAAAAAUCAAGAGAUGUUGAAAACAAAUAAAAUAGAAAUGAAAACUGCGAUGUCUAGUGAUGCCAGGAAGAGCGUAUUAUUCAUGAAAAGUAGCUGAACAGAAACAUUGAGUAGCAAUGUGCAUUAUUGGUUAUAUUAGAAUAUUUCAAUACGGCAUUUCGAAACAAUACAAAAGGUAAGAUUCAUACAAAUUAGGUUGCAAACAAUAAUAGCUGUACACCCGAGAUUUGGUUUAGAAUUAGUAGGAAGUUAAACAUGCCAGUAAUUCCUAAUCAUAGAUAUACACCGUUUGUUUAGCGUUACACAUAGUUUUAAAUGUCUUAUUAGAUAGACGGCAUUGUACGGACACUUGCUAAGACGAGGGGCACAAAUUUCUGCAUAUGAUUAAAACGAUAAAUACCAAUUUAGGUUGUAAGUAUAAACAGGUGAUUAAUUCGGCUAUUUGCAUCUAGAAUAAUAAUAAUUAGCAAAUAUUAAGUUGUUGCUUUAUUUGUAUAAGUAAGGUGCAUUCGGCAUUUGGAUCAUAACGGUCCAUAUUUUCCAUCAAUGUACAACAAUUAUGUUGAUACGCAGUGGGAAAAUAGAUAUUGAUAAAUAGUCGAAGUUCUCUAUAUUUGUUCGUGAAAUCUGUUUCGCAGUCAAAACAGCUUUGAUUCUGAAAUUAAUUUACGUCUAUCUACAAAGCAUGUCAGGAUGACACAUUUUGUUACAAUAACGCCUUUUUUCUAACAUUUCUAUAAAGUUUGCCAAUAUCUUCGAAGACACCGUCUUUUUAAGAUUGAAGCUUUUGGAUGCUAUCUACUAAAUACAUAUCAUAUUGAUUUUACAUUAUAAUGUUAACUGUUUUGAUCUACUUUUCUUAUACGGCGAGUUUAUAACCACAAAUGAUUAAGAAUUAUAAUGGCAAUAGCUUAAGCAGCUCCCAAAAACAAAGGCAGCCAAUUCCAAAACAUUUUGAAUACAUGUGUGUGCUGGCCGCAUACGGUUUCACUGCUCCGCUGGAAGACAGAAGCAACUCAAAGGCAUUCCUACAUAUAUUUUAAUAUGGCUUUAAGCUUUACAUCUAAAUCGUAUCAUCAUUUGCAAGCUACGGUUAAACAACGCUAUUUCAACUGCAUUUUGCACCAAUUUGCUCAAUGCAUGCAAAAGACAAUAUAAAAUUUAGUACCUUGCAAAUGCUGUACUCUCACUUCUAAACCUUAAAAUACAGGAAUACUAUAUCUAACAAAACAUUCGCAUAACUUGAUUACUCUUAGGCUGAUUUAAAAUCAUGAAUCGUACAAAAGUGCUUUCUAACGUUUUUUACUUGCUCACGAAAUUGCCAUAAACUUCCAAACUCAUACGAAAUGUUUUAGUUUUGGGAGAAUACGAUCUGCUAUUAGGAACUUUACCUAUUGCAUGCAUUGUCAAAUGUAUCAUUAAUUUUGAUUGCUUUGGAGAAUCUAUUCUCGCACGCUAUAACUUAAAAAAAUCACGUCCUCAUAAAAAACAAUGCUUAUGUGUCUAGAAUAACCAAACAAUAAAAAAUCCACAAAAUAUCCUUAACCAUUAAACUUAUCAAUUAAUCCCACAACACAAAAUAAACACAGAAAGCUUUAUCUCUAAAUACUAGAAACGGAACUAAACUAAUUGAGAAUAUCCAACAACCUCACCACAAAACAAUAAGUGUGUCAUGUAUUUCAAACCGAUUUGUAAGGAUGAAAAGGUCAGCUAAAGCUGUUCUCCAACACGUCAAAACACGCUACGAAAUACUUUGCAUAAAUUUGUGACAAAAUCUGUCUAUCGAAACCACAGCAACUACGUAUAUGUCACUUCCUUCUCUGUGAAUCUGCAGAAAAAAAAACAUUUCCACCUAUUUUUCGCUGUUAAUAAAAGUACCCAUCCACCCACUAGAAGCCAUCAUCUAAAGUCAACUUUUGGGCUGCAACUGAAACGAUAGCCGCAGGCAUGGAAUGUCUAGAAAAAAAAAUAACUGGAGGACAAACAUCACUACGGCAUCAGAAAAGGCAAACCGAUUGAUACAAGCUAAAGCAGAAUGGCCAAAAAUUAGCAGAAGGAAAGAAAACAGCAGAAUCAACACAGAAAUGAACUUUAAUAAUCAAAUCGGCAGCAUACAUGGGGUAUUGGAUGAGCAAACUUCAAUAAUAAAGAGCAUAAAGAAAUUUGUGAAAAAGAAUAAACCAGAAACCAAUACGGUAAAGGCAUAAUGCAACAUUGUGUAGGUGUAUGCUAAACGUAUUUUUGAUUAUUAUUUAUAUGAAAGUGAAAAUAUAAGUUAUUUACAAAUUGUGAAA